CAACAACAAAUGCAUUGGAAGAUCUUUCAUAAAUGUCGGCAGUAUAAAAGCGUUGACAUGUUACUCUUUUUGUUUGUGAUUCCGCACACAUAUUUUGCUAAUCAUAUCACUUUUAUCAAUGUACAACAAGUUAUUUUGAUUGGCACCGGUUCCCAUUGUUAAAGGCGUUUAUUUCCUUCGCUCUUACCUGCACCUCCACCUUUAUCUUCACUUCCAUAACAGUUCCUCGCCCCAACUGCAUUUGCAUUCACUUUUUUCACACUCGUUUCCAUCCGUCUUUCAUAAUGAGCGCGGGGUACUGCCGAGAUCAUGAAGGAUGGGGUCCCGCCAGCACCGAUCGCAUCGAUUUGACGCUAUGCUUCGAGUAUACCAUCCUUGCAUCACUACCCGCCUGUCUCGCUAUUCUCGUAUUCUGCCAUCGGACAGUCUCCCUCUAUCGACACGGGAAACCACACGGACUCGGACGCACCAAUGCCCUCUUUUGGCCUGCACAGGUACUGAUGCUGGCUGCUGCUUUAGUUCUGUUCGUAAGAGCAGGUCUGCUGGGAAGCGAGGCUGAUCACUCCCCUGCAACUGUCCUCGCCAAUGCGUCCAUGGGCACUGCAUGGAUACUCGCUGCCAUGCUUAACACCCUCGAGCACAAGUACGAGAUCCGAUCGUCAACUGCCAUCUUUUCUUACUACACCGUCUCCGUCGUUGCCGGAGCUAUCACUACUCGCACCUUGAGUAGUAUUCGUUCGACUCCUUCCUCUAAUGAACUUUACUACGCCUACUUCGGACUCAUUCUUCUUGGUUUCACCUUCGAAGCCUGGCCCCGCGGAAGAACACAGGUCCAACAGCAAAGUGAUGCAAGCCCUUAUGACAAGGCCAAUAUCUUCUCUCGAUAUUGGUUCCAUUACCUCCAGCAUGUCAUCUCCCUGGGCUACAAGCAACCUCUGCAACAGGCUGAUAUUCAGGAUAUGAUGCCACACAGGAUCAGGACCCGUUUUUCUUAUUCACAUCUCUCUAGCCAAUGGGAUCAUCAUGUCGCCAAUCGCAGAGCCCAUGGCAAAGAACCUAGUCUGCUGCUGCUUGUCCUGAGUUCUUACCACUCGCAGUGGAUACCGAUCCUCGUUUACAGGGCCCUGUCUUCUGCUUUGGUCUUUGUUGGCCCCGUAUUGAUGGACAGUUUAAUGGGAUUUGUCGGAUCCUACUCGACCGAAACUCCAAAGCCUGUGUCUUUGGGGAUCAUUCUUUCCUUUGGAAUGUUCCUUUCUACGGUUGCAAGUGCAUUGCUGGAAGGACAGUACUACCAGUUGGUCACGAAUAUGGGAAUCGAAGCUCGCGCGGCGUUGGUGUCGAUGAUCUAUCGAAAGGCUCUGAGGCUUUCCCCAGCGGCUAGGCAGACACAGACGCCCGGAGAGAUCAAUAAUCAUAUGUCAGUUGAUGCCGAGCGAUGGUCCGAGGCGCUACCAAUGCUUCCCAUGUGGGGAUCUAUACCAUUCGAGAUCUGCAUUGCUCUUUGGUUACUAUAUCGACAACUUGGAUGGGCAGCUCUUGCAGGACUAGGAACAAUUAUUGCAGUGGCACCAUUUCAGACAUGGAUGGCGACGUUUUAUUCAGUGGCGAAGGAUCAGAAAUUGGAGGCGAUGGACAAUCGCAUUCGACUGACGAGCGAGCUGAUGUCGAACAUGAAAAUCGUUAAGCUCUAUGGAUGGGAGUCUUCGUUUCUCGCUAAAGUGGCAGUCUUCAGGAACCGGGAACUGUCUAUCCUUCGCAAGAUGGGUGUCGCCUUUUCUUUCAUGACUAUUAUGUUCAGCUCAUUGACGCUUCUAAUGGCCCUCGUGUGCUUCAGUAUCUACGCCACUGUCGGUGGACCUGGUGGAACACGCGGGGAUAUCAACCCCCAGGUCAUCUUCGUCUCCAUUACCCUCUUUGGACUCCUCAAUCGUCCAAUCGGUAUGCUCUCACAUAUCACCGGAGAGACAGUCGGGCUCGUUGUAGCAACACGCCGUAUUCAAAAGUAUCUACUCGAGGAAGAACUGAACGAUGAUCAGAUCGAAAGAGAUGACGAUGUGUCUUCUCAUUCUUUCGCAGCUGCAAUGGCUUCAAAUCAGCAGCCUGUAGUCAAGAUCCAGGAUGGGGUUUUUGCAUGGGAUAAGGAAGGACCUGGAGUCGAAACCGAGAAACAGAGCAGAAACCGAGAGAAAAAAGAAGCUAGAAAGCAGAGGCAAGCUGCAAAGGAGGCCAAAGAGGCCGGUCUACCUGAGCCAAUGUGCUCGACGCCCGUGGAACGCAAUUACGAUUCAACUCUCAAGGGAAUCAAUCUAUCGGCUUACAAGGGUGAUCUAACGGCUAUUGUUGGUCGAGUUGGACAGGGCAAGUCGUCUUUGCUCCAUGCUAUGAUCGGCGACAUGUAUAAACGACAGGGUCGUGUCAGAAUCUCGGGACGCAUAGCGUAUGCUCCACAACAAGCCUGGAUCAUGAACGCGACCUUGAAAGACAAUAUCUUAUUUGGAGCUGAGCUAGAUCAGGAAAAGUAUGACAGUAUCGUCCACGCAGCAGGAUUAGUUCCAGAUAUCGACAUGUUGCCCGCUGGAGAUUCAACUGAAAUUGGAGAGCGUGGCAUCAACCUGUCGGGAGGACAGAAGCAACGAGUUUCGUUGGCUCGAGCGGCAUAUCAGGAUGCGGAUAUCUACCUUUUAGAUGACCCUCUGAGUGCAGUUGACGCCCAUGUGGACCAACACCUAUGGCAAAACCUUAUCGGGCCCAGCGGGUUGCUCAAGGACAAGACGCGGCUGUUGGUAACACAUGGAAUCCAUCACUUGAGCGAGAUGGAUCAGAUCGUGGUCUUGAAGAACGGUUCCAUCACGGAGGUGGGUCAGUACCAGGAGCUUUUGAAUGCCAAGAGUUCGUUCUACCGGCUGAUUCAGGACUACUCUGUCAAGGAGGCGCGAAAGGAACAGGACGAUUCUCAAAGCGAAGAGGAGACCAUCAAUGAUAUUGAGACAGGGCCUGCAAUAAUUGUCACUCACAACGAGAAGCUCGAAAAUAUGGAUGAAAAAAUGGACGACAAUGCGGAUUUGAUCAAAGAGGAAGUCAUGCAGGUCGGAAGUAUUCAAUGGGACAUCUACCGGAUAUAUGCCAAGGCUGUAUCAUAUCGCUAUGUAAUCCAGGUUCUGUUCCUAUUCCUUGUCAUCCAAUGCUGUCAGAUUGGAACCAAUUCUUGGCUGCAGAACUGGGUCAAAGUCGCCGAGACCUCCUUUCACGGUACCAGCUACUUCAUGGGAAUAUAUGCUGUACUUGUGGUUUCGUACAUGAUCCUCAUCGUCUGGACUUCGUACACAGCCAUGGUCACCGCCGGUGUCAGGGGAUCGGAACGACUCCAUAAUAAUCUACUCAACAAUGUCCUACGCCUACCCAUGUCCUUCUUCGACACUACGCCAGUGGGCCGCAUCGUGAACCGGUUCUCUUCGGACUGCUUCAGCAUCGAUGAGCAGUUGCCUUGGUCUUUUCACGACAUUUUCUUCUGUGGGGGGUCUGUCCUGGGCAGCGUCAUUGUCAUCGCUAUAACUACACCCAUAUUCUUGACAAUUGUUCCCCCCGUCGUUGUUGUGUUUAUAUUACUACAGAGGUACUAUGUCGCAUCGUCCCGCAAUUUCAAGCGAAUUGAGUCCGUGUCAAAAUCGCCCAUGUACCAACACUUCUCAGAGACCUUAUCAGGAGUAUCGACCAUUCGGGCUAUGCAAUGCCAUGAGCAGUUUAUUCAGCAGAAUGCUACUAGGUCAGACAAGUCGUCGAAUGCGCACUUCGUCUGGUCUGUUGGCAACAGGUGGUUGAAUGCUCGCUUAGAAGCUCUCGGAUCACUCAUUGUGUUGGCAGCUUCUUUGUUUGCAGUCUUGAACAGGAACAAACUUGACCCCAGUAUGGUUGGCAUGUCGCUCUCAUACGCCUUGAACAUCACUCAAGAUAUCUGCUGGCUGGUGCGCUGCAUGUGUGAAGUUCAGUUCGAGAUGGUUGCCGUCGAGAGGAUCGAUGAGUACUGCAACAAGAACCAGGAAGCACCCAACUUUACGGAUGUCCAAGUCCCCGAUGCUUGGCCAUCGCAGGGUCACGUUGCCUUCAAGGAUUAUUCGACGCGGUACCGCCAAGGAAUGGACUUGGUCCUCAGAAAUGUAUCAUUUGAGGUCCAGCCAGGUGAGAAGGUCGGGAUUGUUGGUAGGACGGGAGCAGGAAAAUCAUCAUUGACACUGGCGCUGUUCCGGAUCAUUGAGGCUGCGAAUAGCCACUGGGCGAAAGCGAGCCAUAACGGAUCGGACAUGGAUGCUGAUGAAUCUAUCACUUCAGAAAAAAACAAGAGGAUGCUUGUGGAGCUGGAGAAAGUGCAGGUGGAGGAGAAUGGAGGAUCGAUCUGGAUCGACGGAAUUGACAUUUCCACGCUUGGCCUAGAGCAGUUGCGCCAGCAUCUGGCCAUCAUCCCUCAAGACCCUACUUUGUUCGUUGGCACUGUACGUGACAAUCUCGAUCCAUUUGGCCAGGCGCCCGAUUCAGAGCUUUGGGAGGCGCUUGAGCGUGCGCACUUGAAGGAUUACAUCUCGUCCAUGCCGGGUGGGCUCUCGUAUGAGGUCGCACAAAACGGAGAGAAUUUUUCAGUUGGUCAACGAUCACUAAUCUGCUUGGCCCGUGCGUUGCUCCGGAAGACCAAGAUUUUGAUCCUGGAUGAGGCAACGGCAGCGGUGGAUGUGGAGACAGACGAGUUGAUUCAGAGGACGAUUCGGGAAGAGUUCAAGGACCGGACGGUGCUGACGAUCGCGCAUCGGAUCAAGACGAUUAUGGAUAGCGAUAAGAUCUUGGUACUGGAGAAAGGAAGGGUGCAGGAGUUUGAGGCACCGGGGGCUUUGCUGAAGAGGAAGGAAGAGUCGCUGUUUUGGAGACUGGCGGAGCAGGCAGGCGAGAUUUGAGUCGCAUCUAUACACAGUAAAGGAAAAAUAGAAUUGAACAAUAAAUUCAUGAUUCGUAUACCGGGUACGCGGAAACUUUCAUUAUUAGUAUGGCAAUUGGUGCUAAAGAAGAGUUUUGACUCGAAAAUGCG